CACUGCAAAAAUCACAAACAGAAAUUUAUGGUCUGACUUUCAGAGGGGUUGAGCAUUUUUAUUGAACUAUUUUUUAUUUAUUUUACUGAACUAGUUUUAUUGAAGUGCAGGUGCUCAGAUCCCUUGAAAAUCACAGCAUUGCUGUAUACUCCAGUAAUGUAAUCUUGCCACAUUUAUGUUCUGAAAUCAGUUUGGUACACACCGACAUCUCUUUGUACAGUAGUCCUUUUAGUUCCUGGAAAGCCACUCCUUUUUGUCACCUAGUAACUUUUUAAUAGUCAACAUCAAGCUCAGAGUUUCAGAGCUAGGUACUUGAUUUUUCAGUAGGACUACGAUGCAACAUUUUUCUUAUGCCCUAAUUAAGUUACAAACUGAAGCUACAAUAUUUUGGAAGUGUUCUGAAUGUGAGAAGUUACAAUAAUAUUUUCUAUAUUUAAAAAUGGAAGUAGCUGAAUGUAAGAUAACACCUGGUACAGAUAAACCAAGUCAAGUACUGGAACAGAUUUGGCAUCUAAAUCUAAUGACAAGAGAAACACUUCUAAAGGGUGACCUUCAAGAUAAUGAAGAUACAGCGGAGUAUAUGCCUAGAUUGAUCUUUCUCAUGCAAGAACUCAGCAGUUCCCUCAGCCAACAGCUACAACACAAUACAGAGAUCCUACAAGACACCUGCCAGCUAUUGAAUACUCUUCAAAACAAACACAAGCAAUUGGUUUCAAGUCAAGAGAUCAUCACUCUUGUGGGUUGUCUUCAGAAAAUAAAUGAACUCUUUCUGGAUACAGUUACACAUCUUCAAGAGGCAAAAAACAAAUUUUAUGAUAUUAGAUGCAGACAUGAUGAUAAAUCUCAAUCCCAGAUUGUUCAAGAUGUUUCCAAUGAAAUAGUUGUGUGUGAAAGAGAAAAGACACAUUCUGGGAAAGUAUCUGCUGGUGUAAGUCAACGACUCCAGGUAACUUCUCCCAUGAAUGAAAGGAAAAGUCCGAACAUUCACCAAGUCCAGUCAAGUGAAAACAAAACAGUGGAAAAAGAAACUGCUAUAUCAUUAAGUGAAAAAAAUCCUGAUCAAGAACAGGCAGUAAGCAGAGACCUCCCAAAGCUAAUGGAAAACGAAGAUCACAAGCUCCUACAGAGUUCACAUACAGAGCAAAAAGAUUGCAACAGAAAGGAGGAAAGUCAUGGAGCAAGGCCUUAUAAUAAGAAAUGCCCAAACAGAGCUUUUCAAGAAGUUCCCGGGAGCAAUGGAGAUGAUAUAAUUGUAUCUGGAAAGUCCGAAGAUAUCUGUGAUAGAUCUGUAAUCAAUCUUUCUGAUCAAGAACAGGCAGUAAGUGAAGAACCCCCAACUCAGAUGGAAUAUGAAGAUCACAAACCAACAGAGAAUUCAUGUGAAGAAGAAAAAGAUGACGAGAAAAAGGAGGAAAUUUAUGAGAUUAAUGGGAACAACAGAAACAAUGCAAUUGAGUCUGCAAGGUCGGAGAAUAUAUGCAAUACACCUGCUAUGAAUCUUUCAACAAAUGAUUCAGAAGAAGUGGAAAGAUCAAGUCCCUGGAUGAACAAAGAAUUUCUAGCAGAAGUGAGUGGUAAUAUUGAACCUGAAGUUGCCUGUUAUAUUACAGCACCUUCCAUCACUCUCGAAAAUUUAGUAUGCAGGAUCAUCAAUGACAUGAGUUCCUUGGUGGUGGAAGAUUCUGAGGAGCUGGUCAGCAAUGUCAUCAGUGUUGCGUGCUUAGACCAGGGGAAACUAAUCCCCUUUCCUAUCAACAUUGCAAUCCCAUUCACUGCACGCUACAGAGGAAAUUAUCGAGACAUCAUGGUGAAGGUGACCAAUAUGAACUUUCAAUCAAGUUACUUAACUCCCAUUUCCUUUGAUGGGUACCAGGGAAACCAGAAGGGGACCUUUGCAGAGGUGAAAAUUUGCCAGCUUGGUAUUUUUUCUGUGGUUUCAUGCUUAAAAAAAGAAACAUUCACCAUUCCAAAGAAAGGGCUCUCACAAAAGCUAAGCAUGGAUUCUAGAAUCUCUUUCUACUACCCUCCAGAAACGUUCAGUUCUCCAGUGACCAUGCAGUUAAAGGUCCAGCCAAUUGAGCCAUCACUGGUUUCCAUAUUAAAGGCAAAAUAUGACAUGUACCAUGCAGUAGUGUCUACUAGCCCACUGGUUCAUAUCCAGCAUCCUUCAUCCCAGCCAUUUAACAAGUCAGUCAGUGUUAUUCUACCCUGUCCUCCAAAUCCAGAAAAAAAGAGAUCGGGAGAUGCAACAGAAAAUGGAAGAGCAUCUAGUGCCACUGUAACCAGGGUUACAACUGCAUAUCAUCUUCGAGCAAUGAGUGCCUCUGUGAGAAAACAUGGAGAGAAUCUUGGUGAAUCCUUGAAAGUAUUGGGUUACAGAAGCAAAGAAGAGGAGUGGGUUGUGCUUGAUGAUGUUAUUGUGCGGAAUGCACGAAACGGACUUGUAACAUUUGAAGUAGAUGAGUAUUUAGAAAGCUUUAUUGUCAUUCGCCUCUCAUUUGCCAUGGACAAUACGCAUCUAGUUCUGUUUAUGCAGGCUCUGGAGGAAGCCAUUCGCAGCACCAUGGCUAAUGUCAUACUAUAUCGGAAAAAAGAAAACCCUCAUAAAAUAGUUGUUUUACUGGUUCUGUCCAAAGAACUGAACUGGGAGCUGCAAAACCUGCGUGAGGAGGGAUACUUUGGUCCUCCAGAACCAACGCAACAGUUUCAACUGAAAGAAGGAGAGCAGAUUCAUUUUAGAUUUAGUGGCAACAUAUUUGCCUCAGAUGAUGGGAAGAAUUUUGGAAAAGCCUACAGGCUUACUUUUCAUUCACAAAGAAAGCCCAGACUGGAGCUCCAACUCAAAGAAGUGGAUGAAUUUGGUAACUACAGCUCACCUCAUUACAAGGGAACUGCAGUAUUUUACAAAAUGAGCAGAGAAACAAUAGCCAAGAACUGGGAUCAACCCCUUCUGCCUGAUGACUAUCAGGACCAGUCACCUUUAUGCAAGUUAGCACUAACCUUACCAAAGCAUGAAAAAUUAAUCAACCGGCCACAAAGCACAAAAAGAAUUUCUACUGAUUCAUCAGAGGCCCUGUGGGAUAACUUGCUGUACUGGCUUGCAGAGGAGCUCUCAGAAGAUAAUGCAUCAUUGCUCUCUCUGCACCUGCCUAUCCGUCGGAGCACUCUUCAGCUUGUUAGACUGAAGUGCCCUGAUAAUCUAACACAUCAGAUCUAUGAGCUUCUUUGCUUCUGGAAAAAGAAUCUUCCAAGAUCAGCUGAUAAACAGCGACUCCUAUCUCGUUAUCUUCGUAAGAGUGGCAGAAGUGAUCUUUCGGAAGAGCUCAGGUUCAAGUGGGAGAAUAAAGCAUUCACUUGGCAAAAACACUGGUUUGAGAUGGACAACUGAAAGACGGAUUUCUAGAUGUUUUCACCUUAGGAAACUUGUAUAACUUUGUUCCGGAUAUCCAGUUAUUGGAGCUCAUGUUAUUAGACAAUCCCGAAGUAGCUAUCACAUGUAAGAAAACUACAGCUUUACAAUAGGAGUAAGAGAAACAAUUUAUUAAUUCUUCAGGUUGAAUCUGUCAACCACCACUUUUUUUAAGCAAUUUAGAAACAGCAAAAGAAUUACUUUGGUCCAUUCAGUGAGACAUAAGUGCAAAAAUAUGCACUCUUUUUUUUUUUUCUUAAAAAGAAAAAAGCCCACUAAGACCAGAUUACAUUUAAGUGGUGCCAAUCAUUUUGUCAAUAGCAAUUGAAUCUAGCUAUCUUGUAUUUUGGUCACUUACUGUGCUAACACAUUAGUCGUCCAUUAAAAGCAAUUAUUUUGAGUACUUUCUCUCUAUAGUUACUUAUUCUGCAGCAACUCUAGAUCUAGAUAUCGUAAAAAUACAUAGCUGAAACUAGCAUAAUGGAGUGGUCCAUGAUGAGGGUUCCUAGGUGCUACCGUAAUACAAAUAUAAAUCGUAAUCACAAUCAUGAAACUAUUGUGAGAGAACUUUAACUUUACUUCCAAAUUACAAGCAUUCUGUGCUACCACCUACAUUCUACCACAAGAUGGCCUCUGUGUCUAGCAUAAAGCUUAUUCAACUAAGCUUCAGUUGCAGAAAAAUACAGUAAUAAAGGAUAACAUGCAAUUUCUCUGUAAGAACUUUGAUUCUCCAGUGCUCUGCACCUUGUGCAGUCAUUUACAUCUAUGCAAAGAAGUGAUAAGGUUGGUUUCAAUUUGCUGCUCCUCCACAGGUUCCCUCUGUAAUCUAUCAUAGGUACUUACAUGUGCAUCAUUGCCUUAGUAUCUGAGUUCCUCACAGUGUAUUUAUACUCACAACACCCCUGUUAUCUAUGGAAGUACUAUUAUCCCCAUUUUAAGGCUGGAGAACUGAGACACAGAGUUUAACUGUCUUGCCCAAGGUCACACAGAAAGUCUGAAGUGGAGCACAUAUUUGAAAUGGAGUCUCCCAAAUCCUAGGCUAGGGCCCUAAUUCCUGGCCACCUUUCUCGUCCUUGACCUUAGACAAGUCACGUAGCUCUCCUGCUGUAAAAAAGUGGUAAUUAUUUAAGUGGGGUGUUAUGAGAAUAACUACAUCCUCAGAUGCUCAGACAGUACAGCAAUGGGCAUCAUAUCAGAACUGAGGAUAGAUGGAUAGAAAGUUGAUGUAAAAAAAUGCUGUGGUUCUGGUUUGUGUGCACUUCACAAGUAUGACUAGUGAAGGUGCAAAGCAAUGGUGAGUCAGGCCCAUUAAAAACUUGGUUUAUACAACGUAAUUAAACUAUACAUUACAUAAACCAUCUGCACAUUGCAAUCAAUUGGGAAAUUUACCAAUGAUAAAUUCACAAUGUGUCAUUUCUAACCUAAAUUGCGUUUAUGGAUAAAAUUCUGACUUUUGGACUUAGAGUAGAUCUUCAAACCAUUUAUAAACAAGAUAAUGCUAUGCAAGUUUUUAGGGCUUCUCUAACAUUUUGAUAAUAAUGCUUAACUUGCUUUUUUAAUCCCUUUCAGAUCUAUGAAUGAAAAGCCACUCGCAGUGCUAGCUAUAGUUAUUUUAACUUCUACUGUAAAAAAAAAAUCCACUUUAGACAACAAUGCAAUAGGUGCACUAGCCUAUCAAAAAUUUCGAAUAUGGUGAAGCUUACCUCAACUUUUAUUCUGUGUAUUGCAUAAAGCCAAACAUUUUAUGUUGUUUUAAAACUUACUGUAAUGUUGGAUGGGUUUACUUUUAAUUUUAUUUCCACGGCAAAGAAAGAAGUCUCAAUAAUUAGAACCAAUAAAUGUUGCUUUUGCAGUGUCAUCUCUG